CGAGUGGCGGGUGGGCUAACGGCUCUGGUAGUCAUGGCCGCCAUGUUGAAAGCGGAGAGCGAGGAUCCGUUACGGAAGGAAUGAGGGGGAAUUAAGGCGGCAAGAGGAGAAGGUGUGCCGGAGUGUGUUAUUGGAUGAUCGGUAUCCUAGGCGGAGCAAGCUCCUCCUUACUGUGUGGGACAGAGAGGGCAAGUGGUGCAUAAUCUCGAAGAAGAAGGGACUUCCAUUCUGAAUUCCCUGUUAUGGAGGAUGAGGAGAGGCGCAAGAAGCUGGAGGCUGCAAGAGCCAAGCUUGCUCACUACCGACAACAAAAAGCAAAAGGCGAUUGCUCAGAUUCAACAAAAAAGAAGAGGAGGAAGAAGAGCCAGGCUAUAUGCCAGGAUGAUCUUCCGUUGGAAGAGCACUCAUUAGUUGAACAGGAUGGAGCUACUGUCCAACAUGAGGCUGAUGAUGAACUGUCAAACACAAGUACGGUAGAGGAGCUCUCAGUUGUGGAGGAAGAAGUGAAAAGUGGUAUCGAGCAUGACCAAUCAGAGCUCCAUAUCUGUCAUUUAAGAAUAAUUGAACUUGAAGAGCAGUUGCGAGUUAAAGAAACGGCUUUAGAACAUUUUGUCACUGAGCUAGAGGAUCUGCAGGAGCAACUAUCUGCCUACCAGGACAAUGAGCAAAUGCAACAGGAUUUAGAGAUGGCUGUACAGAAGAGGAAUGAUGUUAUUAGCCAGCUGACCGAUAACCUGCAGCAGGUUAUUCAGAACAGAGAUGAGGUCCAAAAGGAAGCUCUGGAGUUAACUGAUCAGAUUCAGUCUUUACAGCACCAAUUACAGCAGGCAAGUGAGAUUUUGAAAAACAAAAGCCCUGGAUUUGUGGAACUCCUUCAGGCCCAGCAACAAAUCUCUCUAUUCCAACAGAACUUGAAAGAACAGAGUGAACGCAUGGAGAGGCUUGAGCAGCGAGCACAUGAUUUAGAACUUCAGCUGGAAUGUUCAGAGCAAAGUGCAAAAGACAAAGAUAGCUGUCUUGCUCAGAUGGUUGAACAACAGAAAAUGACAGAAAGCACUGUGCUACAAUUAAAUCAGUGGGUGGAAGAAAAAGAUGAAGCCAUUAAAGAAUUAAAAGAAAAAUUGGACCUUAAAGACGACACAAUAUCACAGCAGCAGCAUUCACUGCUAUUUCGGGAUCAAGAAAUUGCAGAAUUAAAGAGAGACAUUGAAUAUACCAUGCAACAAAGGCACUCUCUGAAAAAAAAUGGAGGGCAAAUUGAUGCAGAAAACAUGCAGAAACAAUUUGGUCAGAAAGAUAUAGAGGAACCGAGGUUUGAUGCAGGGGCAGGUUGUAGCCAGGAACCUGUCUGCGAGGUGCCGGGGCGAGGUGAACAAACAAAUGUUGAGGUUGACAUCUUCCAAAGCCCGAUUCAAAAUCAUUCUGGACCCUGUGAACAAGUGCUAACUUUAAAUGCAAUGAUGAUCAAUCUAAAUGAAAAACUACAAGAAUCCAAUCUCGAGAAAGAGAGACUUCACAGAGAUUUAGAAAAAAUGAUGGGGUCUCAUCAGGAAAAAAUUGAAAUUGAGAAGAAAUAUAAACUUUUGGUUCAGGAUCUGGAAGAACAGACAAAGCUGUACAAAUCUGAAAAAGAGCAUUUAAAUCAUGAAAUUCAAGAGCUCACUGCUGUUUUGGCCCAAGAGAAGGAAGACAGUAAAGAAAUGAGACUCCGGCAUGAACAUGAAAUCACAAACUACAGUAUAAAGUUGGAGAUGAUGGAAAGGGAGAAGGAUGAAGUGCUAAGCCGACUGGCUGAAUCUCAAGAAGUAGAACUUGAGCAACUUAAAACCAAGAUGCUGUUCAGUCAUGAAGCUGAUUUGUCGAAACUUAGGGAAGAUCUUGAAGCACAAUACAAUCUAAAAACUGGAGAACUUAGAAAGGAACUGGAAUGUCUGAAAAAAACAUUGCAUAAUCAAAUACACCGUAAUGAUACCAAUGAGAAUUUUGAAGCUUUGGACCACGAAAAAGUCAUGUUAUCUGAGCAGUGUGCAGAGCUAACAAAGCAGUUGCAAAACAAAGAAAUGGAGCUGGAGAAAUUGCAUAUGGAAGUUAAGAUGUCAGCCAGUGAAACUCAGGAAGCCGUACAGAAGUGUAAAGCAGUCACUGAGGAACUGUCAAGUUUGCGUUUAGAAAUGGUAAAAGAAAGUACUGAACGGCAUCGUUGUGAAGAGGAAAUAAAGAAGCUAUUUCUCGAGAGCCAAGGAAAUAUCCAGGAGUCUGAACCUGAGCAGAAAGCAUUGGUUUCUACAAAGGAAAAAGUGGAAAAAGACAAAGAAAGUGACAUUAAUAUGUUAAAGGGAAUGGUGCAAGAUCUGACACAGGAGAAGCAGUUGUUGUUGACACAGCUACGAGAACAGGAGCAGCUAGUCAAAGGGGUUCAAGAACAAAAGUUGGCUGCAGAUUCAGUCACCAGUGAAGUUCAAGCUUUGUUUGGCCGUCAGCUUGCUGCAUUGCAGAGCCAACGGGAUCAGUUGCAGGCUCAGCUUGAGGCUCAAAAAGCUAAAAAUCAAACAGUAUCUGAAAUCCUGGGGCAGAAAACCAUGCAGGAGUCAUCCCUGCGCGAAGAACUCAAAGAACUUCGGUCAGUAUUGAGUGAAAAUGAAGAAUAUGUAAAUCAACUAACUGAAGAGAAAAUCAAGCUUGAAAAUAAAGUAUUGUCAAACGCAGAGGAUCUUUCUAGGAUUGAAGAAGUACUUAGUGGAAUCAAAGCUGAAAAUAAUUGCUUAAGGAAAGAGAAGACCGAUUUGAUGCAUAAGCUUCAAGAUCUGGACUGUACAAUGCAGUCUGAGAUUCUAGCCCUGGCCAGUGAAUUGAAGGGAAAGGUUACUGAAUUGCAAAAGCUAGAGGCAACCCUGGAAGAACAAAAGGCUCAACAUCUUCAGGAACAUUCCACUCUGAAACUGGAGGUCAGCAAUCAAAGAAUGAUUCAACAGAAAUUGGAACAAACUUUCAAUGAAAAAAUGCAGACUAUGCUGCAAGAACAGGAAGAGAGGCUUAACCAUGCAGUGCAGCAGGCUCAGGCAGUUGUGACCAGCCAUUAUGAGGAAGAACUGAACCAAGUGAAAGAGUUGCAACUGUCUGACAUGAAGAAAUUGAAAAUGCAACAUCAGAAAGAGUUAGAUAAAUUGAAUGCAGAAGUGAGGAAGGCAUUUGACUUGCAACAGAAACAGGAAGAUGAAAGAAGAAAACAAAUUGGAUUAAUUAAACGGGUUCAUGAAAGGGAGCAUGACAGAGAGAUGAGUACACUGAUUACUAAACAUAAAGAGGAGGUGGAGCAACAGCGGGCAGAACUGACACAGGAGCAGCAGGAUCUGUUUAGUGAUAUUCAGGCACAAAUGGAGUCAGCACAUGAAGCCGAACUGUACCAAAUUCAGCUUCAAAUGCAGAAGGGACAUAGUCUUGAGUUGGAAUCCCUGCGCCUGAGCCUAAACAAUAUGCACAGAGCUCAACUUGAGCUUUUACAGUCUAAUCUGCAGCGUGAGAAGGAAGAGUCCCUCGCUGAACUGCGAGAGGUGCUGAAUGAUAAACGACGCCAGGAGGUGGCAGUGCUACAGAACCAACAGCACAUAGAAUUGGAGCGAAUUAGGGAACAAAACCUGCAGCAAAUGGAAGAAGCUCUGAAGAAGCACCAACAGGAAAUGGAGGAUUUAAGGAAGACGUCAGAAGAAGAAGUUGCUGUUUUAAAGGCCACAGUAAUCACAGAUGAAGCAAGAAAACUGCAAAGCAUGCAAAAGGAGUGGGAAGAGGAUUGCAGGCAGCGUGUUGAGAAACAGGAGCAGAUAAUGUCUGCACAGCAUCAAACCGAACUGAAAGAGUGGAGCAAGAAGGUGGAAAACCUACAGAAGGAACUUGAAGCAAUCCAUAAUGAAAUAGAGAAGCGUCAAGUGAUGGAGAAAAAUGAACAUCAAAACUUGGAGAGUCUCCAAUCCAGUUUGUCAAAGCUUCAGGAUCAACUUGAAGUAGAAUUUCAACAGAAACAGGAGCUGAUGCAGAAAUUUGAUAAAAAAGAGAAGGACCAUCAUGAAGAGAUGGAGAAAUUACAAAAGAGCUACGAUGAAUUAAAAUUGCGUUCUGAGCAGGAGAUUGUGCACCUCUGGUCUCAACUUGAGAGGUCAAGGACCAGUCAUGAAGAACUUAUUGAAUUCAAGGAACAUUUGCUGGCUCGUACGUCUCAAGUGGAAGAUAUCCAAAGUCUCAAAGAAGAACUCGCUCAACAGCGAGAGCAAUUACAAAAACAACAUUUUUGUGAGCUGGAGCAGCUAAAAAGUUACUUUGAAGAAAAACUGAAAGACAUGAAAGAGAAAAACAGUGAGGAAGUUGCACAACUAGAACAGCGCCUUCAGGAAGACCUGAGACAGCCUUUUGGCCUUGAAUCUGAGCUCAGUUUGAAUCAGACUGUAGAGCCAAGCAGUUUGUCUUUGCUAUCAUUUUCUGAUCUUGCUGAAAAGAACUACUUUCAACAUCGGAUUCAUAUUGUGGAAGAGUUGGCACAAAAGUUGGCACAAUACAAGGAAGAAAUCAAAAUCCUUCAGCUGCAGCUGGAGGAGAAACACAAGCAGGAGGUGGCCACCUCUUUGAUGCACAAGGAGGCGUUGGAGAAGGUUGAAAUAGAACUUUCACAGAGAUACUUGACAGACAAUGAAGAGCAGAAGACAAAGCACAGCCUAGAAUUAGCUCAGUUACAAGAUCGACUGUCGGAGGAGCAUCUUAAAGAGAUUACUAAGUUACGACUCCAGUGUGCACAACAGACUGCCCAGGAGGUAGAAAUGGAAGUGAAAGAGUAUGUCCGAAAGUUGGAGGAAAUGGAGAUGGACAAAUUAGCUGCAGUGGACUUUGAAAGAGAGAAAGUUGUUUGUCUGCAGGAAGAGAUUGAACAUCUGAAGAGAGAUCAUGCUAUUGUAACAACGGAGCUUACCGAACAGAUCAAGCAAAUUGACCAGGACAAAGCCCAGUUGCUGGAAGAAGCUAACCAUAAACUUGAGGCCAGUAGGGAAGAAUUUGAGGCUAAAAUGCAGGAAUGUGCAAAGGAGAAAGAACAUGCAUUGAAAAUUUUAAGAGAAGAGCUACAAGCCAACACCGAACAGAACGUGUCAGCUUUACGCAAAGAGCUCCUCAAUGAAUUUGAAGAGGAAAAGCGAGCAAUGGAACAGGGAUUUAACCAGAGAAAUGUAGAAAUGAAUCAGAUUCAAGAAGAACAGUGCACCACAAUUUCUAAACUUGAGAUGCAACUAAAGAAAGAGAGAAAACAUUUGCAGCAGCUUCAGGAUAGUCUUACAAAUGAACAGUUACCAGAAAUUGUAGCAAUACGCCAGAAAAUCCAAGCACAGUUUGACGCUGAGCUUGCCACGACCAAGUCUCUGAUGGCAGAGCAGUUUGAGAAAUUCCAAGUCAAUGUGCAGGCACAAUCAACUAUGAAACACCUAGAAGUACAGAACAGGUUCAUGGAGGAUCACAAACAGAUGAUGGACAAUUUUAUGUCUGAACAGGAGACCCUUCUCCAGGAGCUGAAGAGAAGGCAUGUGGAGGAGCUGGAAAGCCAAAGCAAACAUCUGAUGGAACACCAUCAGAGUCAAGUAGCGGAUUUAAAAAUGGAAUUGCACACCAAACAUCAAGCUGAAAUAGAGACUCUGGAGAAAGAAAAGUUAGCUGCUUUGAAUGCCUUAAAAUUGAAGCACUCAGCAGAUCUGGAAGAUGCAACAUGUAAAUACCGGGCAGAGAUUCACAGAUUGCAGGAGGCACUGAAAAACUCGGAGGAGAAUUUAGAGACAACGAAGAGAGAGAUUGCAGAGAAACUAGCUGGGGAAGUAAAUCAGCUUAAGAUUGAACAUGAGGCUGAACUGAGUGAUGUGCAGGAGACAAUCCGAAAGGAGCUAGCUACUGUUCAUUUGGAAAAAAUUAAAGACAUGGCAACAGAGCUUGAGGAGAUCCACAAGGAAGAUUUGGAGGCAGCUCUAAACAACCAGAAGGCUUUACUGGAACAGGAACAUCAGAGGCGCCAUGAUGUGAUUCGAGAUGAGGUGCUUCGCCUUGAAGAUCAGCAUCAGCAGGCGCUCAAGGAACUUCAAAUGCUGCAGUCAACAGAGGCUGAAAGACAGAAAAAGGAGUAUGCGCAAGAGCUUAGUGAAGAGCUGGCAAAGAUUCAGAUGCAAAAUCAAAAAGAACAGGUUGAUACGGCUAAGUCAGAAGUAGAAAAGAUGCGACGGACACUGCAGUCCAACUUUGAAGUUGAGAAAUCACAACAACUGCAGCAGUUCCAGGAGGAGUUUGAGCUUCUCAAGAACCAGUCUGAGCUCUUACUUACUCAAGAAAUUAAGCAGCUCAAGGAUGAGUUUGAAACUGAGAAGAGCAAGGCACUGCAGGAACUAAGAGAUAUCUUUACCCAGGAACAAGACAAAACAAAGCAACUGCACAAUGAAGAAAAGGAACUGUUGGCUGGAAAGCUUCAGCAACACACAGAGCUAACCAAAAAGCUGCAGAAAGAGUUACAGGACAAGAACUCUGAACUGGAGACGCUACUACAGCGUCGAGACCGAGAAAAUGAAGAAGGAGGCAAUCUGGUUGCCAUGCUGCGCUCAGACCUUGAACGAUUGACAUCUGAACGAAAAAACUUGGAGCAUUCCCACCAACAAGUGCUGAAGCUGUUUGCAGAAGUGGUGAGAGUGAUAUUUGCUUCAGAAGAUAUGAUCAGUAGGCAAAUAGGACUCUUCCUGGAUGGAAACAAACUGGAAGGUAUGUUAGAUCAUGGAGGAAUGAUGAGUAAUUCAGAUCUAGAAGCUCGAGGUCAACCUCCAUGGAUGAAAGCUAAACCUCUGCUGGAUCAAGACAAAGGUGAUUUGAGCAUAACUCAGGAAAAUGUUACCAUCACCAAAGAUAACAGCUUCUGGUCAGCACUGACUGAUGAAGGGCUGGAACUUUCCCAGUGGCUAUCAGAAAGUAUGUUCGCUGGGCCUGACAUGGGGCCUGACAAUGAGGAGCUAAUACUGAGCACUUGUGUCCGUUUGCAAGUUGCUAUAGGCAAGUUGCUGGAAUUAGUCACUGAGUCAACAAGACAACUGGCACAGAGCCAUGGAAUCAGUGAACAUUUGGAAAAAGAGUUCAGCCGCAAAACCCAAGAGACAGUGGAGCUAGUUGGCAAAGAACAUCAGAAGUUAUUGGAACACCUCAAUGAUGAAUCUGAAGCAAAGAGAGAGCUGGAAUUGGAGCUCCACAAAGCCAAGGGAUUGAUUGAUGGGUAUGUAACAGAAAAAGCUGUGCUGGAGGAAACUUUGCAGCAGAAGGAAGAAUCCCAACAACAAUUGGCCCUAAAGGUGGAACUUUUAAGCAAACAGUUUCAUGAACUCAACCAGCAGCACGAGCAUCUGCUUGAGGAACGUGAUCUUUUGCUACGUCAGAAACAGGCCAUGGUUGGCAAUGAAGUAGAACGUGGCCUUCAUACUGAAGCAGUAAUCGAAGGGGAUUCAGGAUUACUGGAGGAGACAGAGCGUCUAUCCAAAGAGAAGUUGGACAUCCAAUGUCAAGCAGAUAAAGAUCGUGCUGAUCUCCUCUCGAGGGCAAAGAGAAUGGAAAUAGAGCUUGAGGAAGAGACAAACCGUAACCUUGAUUUGAAGGAUAAAUGGCAUUUGGAGGUUGCUGACUUGCGGCAGCAAAUUCAGGCACUUGAAAAGCAACUUAAGAAUUAUCGACAUUUUAUAGAUGAACAAGCAGCUGAGCGUGAACAUGAGAGAGACGAGUUCCAACAAGAAAUCGCAAAUCUGGAGACACAGUUAAAACAGGGGCUAAAAUCACAAGGAAGCAGUGAUUAUACAGUAUCCAAGGUGGAAACUAUGGAGGCACAGAUCCAGUCAAAGACUGAUGAUUAUAAUGAGUUGCUGCUUAGAAAGGAACACCUGGAGCGAGAUGUGCAAGAACAAAGUGAAGAAAUAGCAAAACUGGAAGCACAGAUCAAAGAGCUUGAGCAAGUUGUGUUAUCCCAUGCUGAUGCAGAAAAGCGGAUUCAUCAGCUUGAGCAAGAAAUGCAGAAGAUGAGGCGGAUAGAGGAAGAAUUAACACAGGAUAAAGAAUCCCUGCAGCAGCAGCAGUACAGUAACCUAAUGCAGAUCUCUGCUCUACAAUCAAAACUGGAUGAAGCUAGACAUAGAGUCCCUAUUGAAGGACUUUCUGACCAAACUCUAAAGGAGCAAUUACUGAAUGAGCGGCAAGCUCUCCAGACAAAGGAAGAUGAGAUCCAAAGCCUUGAGGAACAGCUUGAUCAAGUUCGAGAGAAUCUGAUGAAUAGAAACGAUGAGAUGCUUCAGCUGAAUAUGCAGUUGGAGAUCCAGACAAAGCAGUCAGCAAUGACUAUCAACCAACUCCAUGAGGAGAACAUUCGAGUGAAGGAGGAUGUAGCUAAUCUCCAUAUGCGUUUCGGCCUGGAUGCAGAUAGCAGCAAAGUGCCUGGAUUGCAGCUGCCUCAGGCAUUGUUGCAGGAGAAGAACCAGGAGAUUGAUGAACUAAAGGAACAAAUCCUCAAAUUACAACAGGACUUGGAAAACAUUUCACACUACAAGACUUUUGAAGAGAAGGAUUGUGAAAUUGAAGAGCUGAAAAUACAGGUAGAACAGCUUACAGUUGACCAGGAUAGGUUACGUCAGUCAAAAGAAGAAGAAAUUGAGCAUCUUAUUGAGGUUAUAGAGAAACUGCAGCAAGAACUUUCUCUGUUGGGUCCAAAUCGCCAUGAAGUCAGUGAUUCUCAGGAAGACCUUGAAAUGUUGGGUUUGGAAAAAGACACCAGAAAAAAUUCUGCACUUUCUCGGGGACUUAACGACAACCUGCAGCAGGAACUGGCAUGUAUUGAAGUAGACAAUAAGGCUGCUGGAGACUAUAAAGAGAAUGGAGCAGUAUUAAUGGUAUCUAAGCAAGACUCCCUUCAGCUCUUGGAUAAAAAAGAGGCUCAGUUGCAAGAAAAGAUUGUUGCUUUGCAAAUUGACCUUCAAAACUUGCAAGAAGUUAAUCAGCAGCAGUUGCAAGAAAUGGGAUCCUUGCGUUUACAGUACAGCACCCUUCAGGAGGACAACAGUUUGCUGAGGACCCACAUCUCUCAACGGGAUGCUGAUGUAGCUCUUCUCUCCUCACGUGUCCAAGAGUUGGAAGAUGCUCAGGCUGAAAAGGACAUGUUGCUACAAAUGAUUGAAAAGCAAAGGCAGGUGGAAUUGGAAGAAAUGGGAUCUUUACCAACAAGAAUAGCAGAGCUUGAACAAGAAUUAUCAGAUAGGACAACUCAAGUCCAAACAAGUUGUAAUGAACUACAAACCUUACACUCUGACCUUCUGGAACGUGACUGUGUGCUUCGGACCUUGAGACAGAAGGAUGCAAAUCAUCAAGAAGAACUUGAGAGAUUACAGGGUGACCUGGCCAAGUGGGAGGCAAUGAAUGAAGAAUUAAAAGGCCACCUGAAGCAAUUUCAGAAAGACAAGGAAGUAGUUGGCAAUGAUAGGACUACUCCAGAAAUACAGCUGAAGGAAGAUCUGUUGUUACAGGAGCAAAAGAGACUCCAAGAGUUGGAAGUGACCUUGCAGCAGAAGGAGCUACUUGUCACCCAGCUAAGUGCAGAACGUGAGGGGCUACAGGCUGAGCUUUCUAAAGUUAAAGAGGAACUGAACUCUAGCACAGAGAAGAUUGAAAAACUGCUGGAGGCUGAUCAGGAAAAAGAUCAGACAAUUGCUGACUUGGAGAUCCACACACGUAACCUGAAAACACAGGUGAAUCAACUUCAAGAAGCCCUUUUGCAGCAAGAGGAGGAACUAGCUAACCGGGCGAAGGAAGUAGAAGACUUAACUGAAAAAUGUCGACAGCAAGCCCUUGAAUUGCUGCGACUGUCCAACUUGGAAGUAGAUAAGCCACAAGUCAAUUCUUCAGAUUACAAAGAAUCUUCACAGAAUGUUGUUCAAGAUGGAUAUCAGUCAUGUCUCUAUAAUCAAGCUAUUGAUGAGAGUUUGUUGAGUUCUCCAGAAGUGAUGAGAAAGUAUGAGGAAAGUCUGGAAUGGUUGAAUGGACUGCACUCGAGCAGGAUUUCUGAAAUCAGUGGUGUUCACAGUACAGAGACAAUACAUAGCAGAUCACUUGGAUUUGAGAAGGAUAUAGAUGGAGAGGACCAAAACAUUAAUAAAGACAAACUGUCUGGGAAUUCUCCAGUGCCAUCUGAGUAUGAACACACUCUCUCAGAAUCCUCUGAUGCAGAGAAGGUACAAAAUGAUGCCAAAGUAAAAGUAACACUGUCAGCCUUGCAGGAAGGUAGAGCAUCAACAAUGUCAAUCCCUGACUGGAUAAGUGAAGGCUGUGGCAGCAAUACAAGUUUGGAUCUGGGUGCAAAGCUAAAUCAAGAGCUUGAAAUAACUGAACGACUUGACAGUAGUUUUGUGGAGUAUCUACGACAUCGAGGAAUUGCAUUGGUUGACGUGGAUGGUCAACAGAGGGAGCACAAAGUGUAUGAGGAGGAAAUGCCAUCCCAACAGCUACAGGCAUUGCUAAAGACGGUACAUGAGGAAGGCUGUCGGGUGUUAGCAUUGUCACAAAGGCCUAUUGCCUGCCCUGAAUCUGAACCUGUCUCUGUCUUGAGCAAAACAAUGGAAGAAUGGCAACAAGAGAAAAAGUCACUACUUGACACAAUUCAGCUACUGAAGGAGCUGCUUUCCAAAGUUAAGGAUAAUGAGGCUGCUGCAAGUAGGAGGACUGAUUGGAGAAGGGAGUUGCUACUGGCUGUGCAGGCAGUUUUAAACCAGGAACAAAAAUCUUUCUUGGCUGAAUUAUGUUCACACCUGCACCACCAGUCUACAGGAGGAGAGAACUCUCUACCUACAAUACUUGAACGCAUUCUUAAAGAGCAGGAGAAACAGCAACUAUCUGUGCUGGAAGACCUCUUAUCUGUGGACAGAAAUAGCUUAUUAUCAGAGGUGCAGGACCUCCGUUCGCAGCUCAGGAUUGCACAUCUUCAACAUCAAGAAAAACUGCAGCAGUUACAGGAUACCCUCACCAGUGCAGAGGAGCAAGCCAAGAAGCAGGAGCGGCCACUUCGUAGACAAGUGGAGUUGCUGGAAUACAAGCUUCAGCAAGAACAGAUCAUAACAACCAAUUUACAAAACACCCUGAAAGCAGAGCAAGAACGAGUUGCCAAGCUCCACCAACAAUUACAAACAGAACAAACUUCAUUAACUGAGCUGAAGUCAGACCUGUCUGAAGUCUCAGGUGAACUGCAGGCUGCAUUACAGACACGACAUGAGCUACAACAAAACCUGCAGAAGCUUCGAGAAGAAUUGAAUGCUAAAGAAAAUGAAUUGUUAAAGGCAGCAAAAGCGUUUGAGCAAGAACGACAUAAUGUACAGCAGUUGCAGACCAAGAUCGAAAAGGAACAGUACCAUUAUAAAGAGCACAAGGAGCUAGAACGGCAAAGUUACCAGAAACUGCAGAAGGUACUUGAGGAGCAACGUGCACACAAUAAUCAAUUGUCUGCUGCCUUUGAAGAAGAGCGGGUGGCAAACAGCAUUAGCCGCAAAGAACUCGAAGCCAAAUUAUUGAACACUGAAUCUUUGCUGUCGCAAGAACGCAAGAAACUGGCAGAGACUCAGGACUUGCUGAAAAUUGAGAGAAGUAACUUAUCAGAACUGAGUGAUUCCUUGGAUCGUGAGCGUGAUCGGUCAGAACAGCUAUAUCAGCAUCUGAAUUCCCGACGGGAUGAAACUGCUACUCAGGACCGUGUCUUUAUAAAAGAGCUGCAGAAUCAACUUGAGGAAGAAAGAAAGAGGACUGUUGAACUUGCCACUAUGAUUGAGAAAACACAACAGCAAGCUAUUACAGCAAAGCGAAAUGCUGAAGAUGAAAUCCAACUGUCCCGGCAGGAAGUUCAAAAAGAACGGGAAGUCAGCUCCAAACUGAGAUCUAUGCUUGAAUCAGUUCAGACUCAAGUUCAGGAGCUCAACCGCUUACUGGAAUCUGAAAGGCAGCAUAGCCUUCGUCUGCAGACUGAACGAGAGAGACUUCAAGUGAACAUUCUUGCAGCUAAAGAAAAGGAGCGGAAUAAGGAUGAUCAGCGGGAUCGAGAGAGGAGACAGGAGAGGCGAGAGUUAGCUGACCAUGAGCAAGAAUAUGAGAUGGUGAAAGACAGAAUGCAUGAGUUAGAACUGCAGCACCAGCAGGAUCAUCAACGAAUAAGAGAACUGCAAAAGAUGCUCACCGACUUGGAGGAACAAGAACGUAAACUUUUGUCCCGCAAGAGGCAGCAAGCAGAACGUGAAAAUAUCCUGGCAAAAUGCAACCAGAAUGGCACCACUCAUGGUAUGGAGGGCAGUGCAGUAAAUUUCCAGCAGCUCCCAGAAAAUGCACGCCAACAAUUCUUACAAUUGACUGUUCAGCUUAAAUAUUUACUUCAUGGAUCCAAUCAUAGGGGGCAGGAAGGACAUAUCAAACCUGAAGAUAUAAGAGACCUCUUACAGACUUUGAUUGAAUCAAACUAUGAAUCACAGCAGUUCCUUUCUAGCAUACAGGAGAAACCAAUUGAUCACCCAGAUGUAGUUCUACAUAUUGAAAGGGCAAAUUGGAUGAAGGAAAGAAACCGGUUACAGAAUUGCUUAAAAGACGCUGAAUCAGAAUUAGCUAGAGUAAUGGCAGAGAUUGAAAAUCGACCUCUGCGGCAGGAUCUUUUGGACCCCUCCAGCAUGAAGAUGCAGCGACUUUAUGGCAAAUACCUCCGAGCUGAAAGCUUCAGGAAGGCAUUGGUAUAUCAGAAGAAAUACCUGUUGCUGCUUCUCGGGGGAUUCCAGGAAUGUGAACAGGCAACCCUAUGUCUAAUAGCCCGUAUGGGAGUGUAUCCUUCUCCCACAGACAUUCACGUGCCCACCUGGCGUCCAUUAACAAAGUUCCGCUCAGCAGUUAGAGUGGUCAUUGCAAUAUCCAGGCUGAAAUUUCUUGUGAAGAAAUGGCAGAAAGCGACAAGGAAAGGUCUGUACCCUGCCCCCACAGCAAACAAUGUUGGAGGUGGCCAAGUUCAGACAGUUAAGACAGAACUAUUUCGCCAACAGCAGCCCGCAUUGACUCACAUCAUGAAUUCACCACCAACCAGAGACAGUGUGUCCAACCGACGACUUAAUGCUUCAAGUCAACAAUUGCCAAAGUCCCCAUAUCGAUCACAAAUCAGGUCUCAUUUCUCUCCUGGAGGAGGGCCCGACCAGUCGAGCCUCUCAAGCAGUCAAGACCCUGAACGUUCGCUCACUGAAUAUAUCCAGAGACUCGAAGCGAUCCAGCAGCGGCUUGGAGGAACAUCUCCUGGAACAGCUCGACACAGAAGUAGCCUGAAAUAAGGUGGACCUAGAAUGAAUACAAGACUGCAAAAUUCCUGCUUUCUAUCUAAACAUAUGUUUAAAGAAGUGUGUAUGUAUAUUGAUCAGUGUUGCGAUCCAGGGGUAAUUAUAUGUUUAGGACAGCAUCUGCACACUGCUUAAAGCACAGGAGAAUCUUGUAUUUAAAAUAAACAGAUGUUCUCUGUAGUGUUCACUAAUACAUGGGAUAUUUCUGUGUCACCCUACACUGGAACAUUCAUUAUUCAAUCAGGCUGGGUGAGUUUUAGAUUCACCAUUGGAUGUGUGUGCACAUAACUUAGAUUAUCUUUAGAAGAAUGAGAGUCGAUGAUCUAGAUUUUUAUUUUAGUCCAUCUCCUCCAGAGUUGUCAGGCCAGAACCUGUGUAAUAGUGUUUGCAUCUAUAUGUAUCACACACAAUUUUAAAGAGGUUAUUUUUGUAAAUGUUGGCUUUUGUUCUUUGCAGAAAAUAAAUAAACUUUACAUAAUGUGCUGU